AAUAAUCCAUCUGCUCUUUCCACACCGACCCCUGCCUCCUGAGUCCCAUCUUAGACCCUUUCCAGAAGAUUCCUCCAUGCCCGCUUUUGAAUUCCAGUGUAAAUGGAGGGGCGACGCGACUCUGCAUAGACCACGGGAUAGAAGGCGCAAGCCUCUUAGUGUGGCGCCCCCCUUUCCAAGUCCUCAUCUGCAAAUUUGAGCUCAGCCCCGCGCCAGAAUGGACCUCUCCUACUAUGGAAAAUCGACGUUAGGGAGGGGUCAUCUGCCCGGUAAAGCAAAAAAAGGAUCCCUGCUGCCUUGGUGAUCCCAGGCUGACAGCCAGAGAGCACAGCGGCUCAGCUCCUGGAGAGAGGGUUGAAGAAAGCAGAGGGCAGCCACCUACACCCACUGGCUCCCAUUAGGUUGGUUCCUGCAGCAGUGCCUGGCAGCCUUGGUGAAGGCCUUGCCCAGCAGAGAUCAUGUAUUGCCUCCAGUGGCUGCUGCCCGUCCUCCUCAUCCCCAAGCCCCUCAACCCCGCCCUGUGGUUCAGCCACUCCAUGUUCAUGGGCUUCUACCUGCUCAGCUUUCUCCUGGAACGGAAGCCUUGCACAAUCUGUGCCUUGGUUUUCCUGGCAGCCCUGUUCCUCAUCUGUUAUAGCUGCUGGGGAAACUGUUUCCUGUACCACUGCACCGACUCCCCGCUUCCAGAUUCAGCACAUGACCCUGGUGUUGUGGGCACCUAACAGCUGUCCUGUUAGCAUUCCAAGGAAGCAGAAGACGGGAGGGGAGGCAUUGACAUAGGUCAUAAAGCAUUGGAGUUUCAAAUUCCAUAGCCCUGCGGGUAUCACAUUCCUGAUGGCACCUUUUCGGCCUGUGAUGUUUUAUCCUUAUAAUGUGAAUAAUAGCACUGACUGGUGCUUUUAUUGUAGAA